AUGACUUCUACUGUAAAAUUAUGGCUUAACACAGGCUCUUUUGCCCUGCGAAGUUUCUGCCUUGUCCACGUAAUACACUCACACUUUUAUGAAUUUACAGAGACUCGGGGUGAAUCCAUGCUUCCAACACUAUCUGCCACCCGUGAUUACGUGCAUGCAUCGAAAAAGUAUAGAAAUGGGAGAGAUUGUCAAAUAGGAGACUGCAUAGUCGCCGUCAAGCCCACCGACCCAUACCAAAGAGUGUGCAAAAGAAUCACGGGAAUGCCUGGAGACUAUAUUUUGAUAGAUCCCAGUGCGAAGGAGGGUGCCGAUCUGGAUACACAGGCAUUUGAUUCAUUCAUACAAGUGCCACCAGGCCAUGUCUGGCUCACAGGUGAUAACCUAUCACAGUCAUUAGACUCCCGCACGUACAACUCGCUUCCUAUGGGUCUUAUCAAGGGAAAGAUAGUAGCGGCGAACGAUUUCAACAAGCCGUUCUGGCAAGACGGGGCGCUAUUGGGAUUCCGCAGAAUCGUAAACACUUAUUUGGACGAGGUAUGA